AUGGCUCCCGAAACAAAGAGCCGUAAGCCUGCAAACACCGCCUUCAAGCAACAACGCUUAAAGGCAUGGCAGCCAAUUUUAACACCCAAAACUGUUCUUCCAACGUUUUUUAUCGUGGGGAUCCUCUUUGCACCGCUUGGUGGUCUACUUUUAUGGGCCAGUAAUAGUGUAACAGAACUAGUCAUUGAUUAUACAUAUUGUGAUUCUAAAGCAAGUGACUAUCCUAGCUUCACUUCGGUGCCUUCACAAUAUGUUGUAUCAGUAUCGUUACCUCAAGCAUCAUCAUCUCAAUAUCAACAAAGUAUAUCACAGAUUCAGUGGAGUCGCGAGGUGGUAAUUCCACCUGAAGUGAAUUAUACUGGAACGAACAUCUGGCGCUGUCAUCUUCGAUUUUAUUUACCUUUAGAUUUGAAACCUCCACUAUUUAUAUACUAUCGUUUAACAAAUUUUUACCAAAAUCACCGAAGUUAUGUCAAAAGUUUUGAUGCUAAUCAACUUAAAGGCGAUGCUGUUCCUAUAAGUGCUCUCCAAAGUGCUUGUAGCCCAAUGGCUUCCGCAAAUAAUACUGCCAUUUACCCUUGUGGCUUAAUUGCAAAUUCUAUAUUUAACGACGUUAAUGGAUUUAGUGCAAAUAAUGAAACUUAUAUUCUUGUCAGUAAAGGAAUUGCAUGGCCAUCAGAUAAACAAAAGUAUGGCAAAACCAACUAUCAAUUAAAUCAAAUUAUCCCACCACCAGAUUGGGCUAGUGCAUAUCCCAAUGGUACUUAUACCGCUGAUACUCCUCCACCAGAUUUAUCUACUGAUGAACACUUUCAAGUUUGGAUGCGUACGGCAGGACUUCCAGAUUUCAGGAAAUUAUAUUCAAGAAAUGAUACCAAUGUAUUACAAGCUGGGUUAUAUGAGGUGUGGGCUGAUUAUAGAUAUCCCGUAACUCGAUAUGGUGGUACUAAGUCAUUCGUUUUAUCUACCGUUUCGUUUCUUGGAGGAAAAAAUUCUUUCUUGGGAUUAGCUUAUAUAGCUGUUGGAAUUGCGUGUGUUAUUUUAGGUACAAUUUUCACUGCUAGGCAUUUAUAUAAACCAAGAAAACUCGGUGAUCACACUUAUCUUUCAUGGAAUAAUGCUCAAGGGCACACAAGUGGUAAUCAGUGA